AUGGAGGUCCGGUUGGAGCUGGCGGAGGCCACCGCGGACCAGAUGGAAGCAGAAGCGAUCGCUGCAGAAGAGUUAAGAAAAGCUGAUCGUGCCGCAGAGAGGAUCAAGCAAUUGAAGGCUCUGGAGCUGUCUGAUGGAUUUCAGGCCAGUCGUGCCAGCCGCACGAAGCUGCAACCAGCCGUCCUCUCUCAAAGCCCUGAGGCCAUUUUCUUUCAGAGAAACAGAGACCUGGAAGACCCUGCUCCGGAACCGCCGAAGCAGGACUCUGAAGCACCGAAAGCUGAGAAGGCAGCAGCCAAUGCGACGAAUGGGACGAGGACGUGUGACCCAAGCAUCAAGCUCUCAUGCACCGCCCAGCGAGUCAUCACCUUGGACUACCGGCUGUCCAUGGAAGCGGGCUGUUUCGAGUGGGCGGUGCUCGUGUCGCUUUGGCUUGGGAGCGUCUGGUUUGCCUAUUGCUUUUGCGGAUGCCGCUACAGCAACUUCUGCUACUGUCAGAUCUGGACCUGCGCGGUCCUGGUCCUCCUUGCGAUGGCGAGCGUCACCUCGCUCAUGAAGACCAGCUGA